UAGUAAUGUAAAAAUUUACCAUUUUUUGUGUUGGUCCUUGAACCGAACAACGACGUACGGAGGUUUUCGUGAUGUCAAUAAGUUUAUACGGAAGUUUAUUAUAAAGUCUAUUUAUUAAUGAAAUCCACAUAACUGAAAUUUGUAACACGAAUAAUGACACAAAUGAUUACUGGCCGCUAAUGGCGGAAAUGAAUGACGUAUCGCGUAUGGCCAAGGGUGACUUCGAAAAAACGGGCAAUUUCUUUAAAAAUUUUAACUUUUUAAAAGUUACCAUGAGAACCAGGCUAAAAAUCAUUAAAAAGUAUUGUGUUAUAAAGGGGCCUUACUAGUAGUGACAUUCACUAGAGAAGAAAUAACGAACAUAGAAUAUGAACAAAACAUACAAGGUACUUGAAAAAGUCUUCCGACAUUUUUCACCAUGAAAUGCUAAGAUUUUGAUUAAUCACAACCAUCAACAUCAAGAAUAUAAAAUCCCUAAAAGCAAGAGAUAAAUGAGCGCAGUGUUUGUUUUUUCAUCGUUACAGUGCAUUAAACCAUCCUAAUGACAUAAUUUCCCAGGAUAAUGUUAUCGAACAAUGCAUUAAUGGCAUUUUUAUUUAUAGAUCGAUAUACGACCCACAGUUGCUUGUAAAUAAGUAAAUAUUUGUGCUUUGUAAACUUUUCGUCACAAACGUACGUCAAAUUAAUAUCAGACUGAUACACAUUUAAAAUUUUACGUAGUUUAUUUGAUUAGCUACACCCAUGACGCAAACUUCUAAUCCUCCAUUCCAAAAAAAAAAAAUCAUUAAGAAAGUCAAAAGGACGAGAUAACGAAAUUAAGAAUCCGACUUAUCUUCAACGUUUAAGGAAAUGUGUUCGCUGUAUUCCAAAGUGCUCGUGAUGAAUAAGAUAUGUUAUCAACGAAGGACGUUACUCCCAUGGCCCGACACAGACAGAAUGAGGCGCCCAGUGGCGUUCUAAUCCCCAAAUCUCAGAGUUAAAACUGACUAAAUCCCGCCAUAACCUCACCUGUCAAAUCUGACAUUCCACCUGUCAUUCUCCGGCCCCACUCACAUUGGAAAAAUCCCGGGAAGCCAAUUCCUAAUCCAGCUAUCAGCCACACUCUCGCAAUAAAUCCGUAAGAUUGCCAGAGACGGCUUAGGCUUAUCUGAUAAGUUCGACUCGUGCGUCCCCUCUCCGCCCCACGCCACUGUCCCUCCACUAAAUGAUAACACAAAAGAAUAUUUAGAAGUGGAUCUGGCUAUCAGACGACACAUGCUCGUUUCGGCUGAAAAUCAAGUAAACGGGGUGCAUCGUUCAGUCGUGUGAAAAGCGAAUUUUUGUGGCGUGUGUGGUGUACAUGUCAAGGUCGGGGGCGGCUGCGGGCGGCCUCACCAUGGACGAUUUCAAACUGGCGAUCAACCUCCAACCCCCGUGGUUGCAGCGCGCCCCGCAUGGCACCACACCCCGAGCCAAGUGACAGUCGGCACGUACCGCCCCCGACCCGCAUGAAACGUAUCGCAAGCGCGUACCGUCUUGCGAGCUUGCGCAGGCAAUUCUCUAGAGACUUGCAAGAAUGGCCCAACACACCAUGGACAAACAAUCCGAUAAAGUCAACAAAAACGGCGUUACAGUGAGCUCGAGUACCGCGAAAGUGUCAAACGGCGGCGUCGACGAGAACCGGCCGCUGCUCGAUGACGCGCUGAAGCGCGCCUCCAUGGAAGAGGAGGAGGAGAAGCCCGUGCACCACGUGCAGUUCGACCGGGGGCGGGGUGACGACGCCAAGCCCGCCCCUAGCCCCGCCCCCAGCUCGGGCUCCAGCUCAAGCUCGAGUUCGAGCUCCUCCUCCACGCUCGACCUCAGCGAAGCCACUCCCCCAGACGGGGGCUGGGGCUGGGUGGUGGUGGUGGCGUCGUUCGUGGUGAACCUCAUCGCGGACGGCAUCACGUUCAGCUUCGGCGUCAUCUUCGUGGAGUUCCUCAAGUAUUUCGGCCAGAACCGCGGCACCACGGCCUGGGUGGGCAGCCUCUUCAUGGCCAUGCCGCUGUUGUCGGGCCCGGUGGCGAGCUUCCUCACGGACCGCUACGGCUGCCGCAAGGUCACCAUCUUCGGGUCGGUGCUGGCCUGCACGGGCUUCCUCAUCAGCUCGAGGGCGAAUAGCAUGACGGUGCUCUGCAUCACGUUUGGUAUCCUGGCGGGGUUCGGCUUGAGCUUGUGCUACGUGGCGUCGGUGGUGAUAGUGGCCUACUACUUCGACAAAAGACGCUCGUUCGCGACGGGGCUGGCGGUGUGCGGCAGCGGCAUCGGGACGUUCAUCUUCGCCCCCUUCAUCCAGUUCCUGCUUCAGGAGUACGGUUGGAGGGGCACCACGUUGAUCCUCGCCGGAUUGUUCCUCAACCUAGCGGUGUGUGGGGCCGUGAUGCGCGACCUCCCGUGGACGUCCCGGAAGGUGAAGAGUCUGGCGAAGGAGCGCAAACGAAAUAGGAAUCUAAAGCGCAAGAACAAAGGGUCUUCAGCCGACUCGUUCUCGGUGAGCAACAGCACGAAUACAGCAUCGGUACUACAACCCAUCAUGGAGACGAGCAACGAGAAUUUGGAAGCCAUCAACACGGACCGGCUGUCGUCUUCAUUGGUCAACCUCCCGACGUACGUCCGGAACGGGGAAAAGGUCCCCAUCGAGGUGAUCGAGCUCCUGUCGCAACACAAGAACGUCUACAACGUCCUCCUGGCGAACUACCCCAGCUUACUGACGCCUUCGAGGAGCUUCAGCGACUCGGGUCGCCUCAACGAAGCCUACAUGCAAGCGAAACUACCGCAAGCUCAAACCCAGCCGACGAACCAAGAAGCCGCAUACUUGUCGUGGCUCAAGAGGAACCAAAUCUCGCCGCCGAGGAUGAACCCGAACAAGAAACUCCCCACGGCCUUCCUGAAGGACUUGAGAGUCCACAGACUUUCGGUGACGUACCGAGGGGCCAUGUUGAACAUCAACCGCUACAGGUUACGCGCCAGUUCUUGUCCCGACAUCUACAGGAACUCCAUGACCACCAUAGCCAAAGAAAAGGUAGAAUGGUACGCCGGCCUGUGGGACUUCUGGGACUUGCUGGUCGACAUGUUCGACUUCUCCCACUUCGCCGACGUGAAGUACUUGCUUUUCGCCAUUUCAAAUUUCUGCUUGUACACGUGGUACGACGUUCCGUACGUGUACUUGACGGACCAUGCCACCACUUUGGGGUACUCGGAAGAAGACGCCUCUCUACUCAUUUCCAUUAUCGGUAUCAUUAACAUGUUCGGUGAGGUGAUGUUGGGAUGGGUGGGCGACCUGCCGUGGGCCAACGCCAUAAUAAUCUACGCAGCAUGCAUGGGGCUGUGCGGCGCCGUGACUGCGGUGGUACCCCUAAUCAACAGCUACUGGUCUCUCUGUGUCAUUUCUGGUGCCUUUGGGUUCUUCAUAGCAGCUAACUACUCUCUAACGUGUAUCAUCCUGGUGGAACUGAUCACUCUCGACCGGUUCACGAACGCCUAUGGUCUCCUCCUGCUGGUGCAAGGAGUGGCCAACCUGAUCGGACCUCCGCUCGGAGGUUGGCUGUGCGAUCAGACGAAGAACUACAACUUAUCGUUCUACCUGGCGGGUCUGUUCAUCGCUCUAUCCGGUCUUCUACUCAUCAUCGUGCCGUCGGUGAAGCGCUGCAAGCGCUUCCUGCGGGAAAAUUCAGACGAAGGUGAAUUUUCCGUAGACGAUAAAUUACAAACCAUAAUAACCUCUUGUCUGUCCAAAACAGUUGAGAAACCUACUGCAGGUGGCGCCAGCCACAUCUAAUUCACAAGUGAACUUAAGUAUUGUAGGUUUUUUUAGAAGUUUUAGUAGUUUUACAUUUUUGAAUGCUUUUUUCGUGUUCUGCAUGCAACUUGUUAAGUCCCGCCGUCAAAAUCAGGCCCAAAUUGUUACAAAAACUAUAUAUAUAUAUAUAGUAGAGCUUCGUCGAGUUCAAUUAAACAUGUAACCAAUUUUAGGUAGAGUUUCGAAUCUCAGGUUCAAAAUCGUAGAUCUGUUCUAGCGACUAUCACUCGGAUCUAGGAAUGUUAUGAAAUUCGUCAAAUACAAAUUCUACGUGUAAAUAUAAGUGUAGAGGCUGUGUUUAAUAAGGAGGAAUAAAUUAGGAUAGGUAGACGGAACAUACACAGAAUAUACAAUCAUGCACCAUUUUCAAUAUUGUUAUUUUUUAAAGUUUGUUGUUCAGUGGGUGUAAGGAGAGGUCUCGGACGCGCCACGUUUUAAAGUCUUAUGAAACCUCUAAAUAAAAAACUAAAUUCAUCCAUUUCGCGCGCGCGUCGGGUCCGAGAUGUCCGUAUCCAUUUGAAUUAUAAGCAUAGCUGUGAUUCAAAGUUCGAGUUGUUUUCUUUAUCGACGACUACAAAUAACUCAAUAGGUGGAGUAUUUUCUUUUUAUUUAUUUUUCUAUUCAGACCUUUCAUCCCAUAGUGUCGACUUUCGGUUAUGUAGACUAGACGAUUUUUUUUCGUAUCAGUAUUUUCUUUUAUUGCUAUUAGUUACCUUUCAGUAUGAUUUCCGUUGGGUAGAAUUCGAGGUCACUAAUAGAAUAUUCUCUCAUUUCGUUCUGUAAAUAGUAUUCCCCGUCAAUAAAUUAAUGCCUUUAGAUAUUAUCUUAGAACGAAGAGGUCCCACUUUGAAAUAUUCUAACUAUAAUCAAUUUAACUUGGGAUCGUGAGUCGAUCAUAGUUUUUAAUAUCUUUACUGUAUUAUAUCGAUAGGAAGUAAUAAAGCCAUUCAAAUUGAA